CUCCUCCCGCUUGCAUAGCCUUCACCUUGUAUUGCCACCAUUGCCUCCUCUUUUGCUUGAGAGACACACUUCCAGUCUUUUUGUCUUCUUUAUGCACUCUUCUUUCUUUCCUUCAGUCCUUCAAUCCUUCAAUCGAGUUCUCAUUCUCAUCUAACCACUCCUAAUUGAACACGACGAUUGAUAGCAAUGGAUUGCAACUGGUGUGCUGUCUGCUCAAAGCACUUUCACAGUGACCAUCAAGCAAGCCUGUACUGCUCGGACGAGUGCCGCAAGGCCGAUGCCCUAGCCUGCUGUGCUUUCCACGACUGCGACCACCCCGACGGGUCUACCCACCAUGACCAUCUCACGUUCUGCCACCACCAUCGCCCUGCGAUCCGAGUCCCCUCUCUGCCGCUGUUAAACCUCAACCCCAACCCUUCGGCGGAGCAGCGAGCCCAUGGUCAGCAGCAGACAAAUGAAUGGACCCGGUUUUUGCAGCACCAGUACAAUUCCCAGUACCAUUCCUACUCGGCUCACACAUCCACACAUUCUCAUCAUCCAUCAUCAUCGAUGGGCUAUGGCCAUGUCUCGAGCCUGCCUCGUCCGAGCCAUGGAUACCAUCCCGAGAGUCAGGGCCUUGUGAGUAGGUUCACAGACCCCCAUCCGCCGUCGGAAUCCUUUCUGCUCUCGAGUCGUCUCCCCAAUGUGCUGUGCCAACAGCAGCAUUCAGUAUCGCACCCGAUACUCAUGCAUCGGCAUAAACCACUCUACCACCAAAGGAGACAUUCCUCGCUGAGCACAUCCGACACUUCGAAUACGAAUUUGUCAACCUCAUCUCUUUCGGGAUGCUUUGGGAAUCUAACCCUGUCUAGUCAUCGCAAAGAAUUCACCGAGAUGGCGCCAUGCGAGGCAUACGAUUGCGAACAAUCCUGCGUGGCUCGAAAGAACAAAGCCCUCCCGCCGCCAACGCUCUCGCCGAUAUUGCCGCCGACAAUUUCAAACCCUGCGUCCCUCAGCCCGACGACGAUUGCGCCAUCGUCCGGUGACAAGGGUGCGAUUUCGCCAUUAUCUUUGACACCUUCGGGUUUGGCCUCGUCAGAUAAGAGUGAUGAGGAUGGUCAUCAAGACGGAGGGUCUCUUUCGCAUGCUUGGCCAAAAAUGGACAAGUUCUUCUUUCCCGACCACUGCUGCCGCACCUCCGCAUGCCGUACCUCCGCCUCCACAUCCGCGCGAGCAGGGCCGACCAACGGCAACAAGAGCAACAACAAGAAGGGCAAUACUAAAUCUAAGAACAACAACGCCAACAAAAAGCCUUUCGUCUCUGAGCUACCUCCGCCGCCGUCCUCAGCGACUACACGGCGUGAUUCCAACGGGUGCAUUGCCCUCUCGGCCUCGAUCUGGGGCACAGGCUGGCGACAGGUUGAUCCGUUGCCAGAAUCGUUUGUAAAGACGGUGCAGAAGAGUAAUUUGAUGUGGGCGGGAUGUGAGAGGGAGCAUCAUCCGCAUACGAGGCACCAUCAAAGACACGGACGGGAUUCGGGCCAUAGGCAUGGAUGCCACAAUGGUGGUGGUCGAGCGAAUAACAGUAGUAACGGUGGCCAUCAAAAGAGCGCCUCGGACACAUCAUCAUGGGCAACGGUGUGCUCGAGCCGCCUUCCCCGUAGUCUACAGUUCAUCGACUGAUGGAGUGGGAAACGGGGAACAGGGAACGGACCAUGGCUCGACCGUGGUCAAUGUUUGAUAGCCUUUCUCUUUUUUUCUUCUUUACUCCUGCAAGUCUCGCAAAUCAAUUGAAUAAAAUAAGGAUGC